AUGAAUAUUUACAUAUUUAGUAUCCCGAAUAUAGACGAUCGAAACCUGAAAGAUUUAUUUGCUAGUCUUCCGGAAAGAUGUAUUGCAUUACUGGAGGAUAUCGAUGUUAUUGGAGCUGCUAGCCCUCAACACUUCAAUCCUUCUGAACCAGACAAUAAUAGAGAUAUUCGAUCCUCCCCAGGAGGGGUAUCUCUCUCCAGCGUUUUGAACACCCUUGAUGGUGUUUCAUCCCAGGUUAAUCGAAUUUUUAUCCUAACGACGAAUCAUCUUCACAAACUCGAUAAAGCGAUUAUUAGGCCUGGUCGGGUUGAUAUGAAAGCCGAAUUUGAACUCGCUAGUAAGUCCAUUGCGAAGGCUAUGUUCACCUAUAUGCUUGGGGGUCAGGAAAAUGUCGAUACAGAGGAACAAUCGGAAGCUUUUGCCGGAAGAGUUCCAGAUAGCAAGUUUAGCCCGGCAGAGAUCAUGAAUUAUCUUCAGAGAUACCGCAAGGCCCCGGCCGGUGCAGUCGAAAACUGUGGGAAGUGGGUGGACAAUCUCCUCCAAGAAAGGAGGAUGAAUAAGUAG